AUGGCUGCCUCAGAAGAUACCACGCCGCCCACGACGGCCGACGAGAAGAGUUUCUCCAAGGGAGCUCAUGAGUCUGUCAACGAUGUCCAGCAUCUGUCGGAUGUUGAAGAGAAAGCUAUUCUGCGUCGAAUUGAUCUCUGUUUGCUCCCUCUGAUGUUCUUUUCGUACUUGCUGCAAUAUCUUGACAAGACGACCCUGUCCUAUACCUCAAUUCUGGGCCUCCUCAGUGGAACGCAUAUAAACACUGCCCAAUAUGCGUGGGCGUCGAGCGCCUUCUACUUUGGAUAUCUUAUUGCAUCUUACCCCGUGUCGCUGGGGUUCAUCCAAUUCCCCAUCGGAAAAUAUCUCUCUGUGAUGAUGAUUUUAUGGGCCAUUAUCCUAACCUGCCAUGCGGCAGCUUCAAGCUUCGCCGGCCUGACCUCGCUGAGAGUGCUCCUCGGCAUCUUCGAAAGUGCAAUCAGCCCGGGAUUUACUAUCCUGAUCAGCAUGUGGUACACCCCGUCUGAGCAUGCACUGAGGAGCUGUAUUUGGUUCUCGGGCAAUGGAAUAGCUGCCAUCUUUGGAGGGCUGCUUGCAUACGCUAUUGGCCAUAUUAAUAAUGGCUUGGGUGCCUGGCAGUGGCUUUUUAUUAUAUUCGGCAUCAUCUCCAUCGCGUGGUCGGCAUUCUUAUUUUUCACUUUGCCGGAUUCUCCCCUCAAUGCCAAUUUUCUGAAGCAAGAUCAGCGAGGGCCGGCUUACCGCCGUGCACAAGUAUUUCAAAAGAGCUACCAAAGUCGGGAGUGGAAGCAAGAUCAGUUCAUCGAGGCGCUUGUCGAUCCGAAAACCUGGUUCCUUGUGCUGUAUAACUUUUUCGUUUCCUUGCCGAACGGUGGCAUUACCAAUUUCGCCAGUAUUGUGAUCCAGUCGUUCGGUUUUGACACCUUCCACACCCUAUUGUACCAAAUCCCCAUGUCUGCCGUCGCCCUUGUCAUGCUUUUUGCCAUCGCCAUCACCUGUAACCGUAUGCCUGGCUUACGCUGCUACUGGAUGAUCUUCACUAUGCUUAUCAGUCUGAUUGGUAUCUUGCUCAUGCGACAACUACCUACGCACCGGAAAUGGGGCAGACUAGUCGGGGUGUGGCUCGUGACCGUCUUUGGAGCCGGCUGGCCACUGAGUCUGAGCUUGGUCUCCAGCAACACAGCGGGCUUCACCAAGAAGGGCACCGUGACCGCUCUCAUCUUUAUCGCAUACUGUGUUGGUAACAUUGCCGGUCCGCAGCUGUUCAAGAGCAAUGAGGCUCCCCGCUAUAAUACUGCAUUCUCAGCCAUCCUUGCGUGCUUCUGUCUUGCCAUACUUGAUGUGGUUGGCCUUCGCUGCUAUAUGUCCUGGGAGAACAAGCGACGUGAUCGCAAGCAGGGACGGACCAUCGAGCCUGAGUCAAGUGACAUGCAAUAUGCGAGUGAUGCGUCGUCUGAACAUGGUGGAGACGGAGAUGUUUCUGAUGGACAGAAUCAGCAUUACCGCUAUUGCCUCUAA